AUGAAUAAGGAUUUCCUGGCGCAGACUCCCUACAAGAAAAAAAUCUGCAACAACUUCUUAAAGGGAAAUUGUCCUGCUGGAUCGGAUUGCACCUUUGCGCAUGGACGCCGAGAACUGAGGUCUUUUGAGAAUCAGAUUUACAAGUCGCAACUAUGCACUGCUUUUGAACAAGGAGGAAUUUGUCAAAUGGGAAAUGACUGUCUGCUGGCUCAUGGUGAAAAUGAAGUUCGAACUGAUGACAUCAUGCCUUCAAUUGCAGAACACCAUGAUACCCUGAAGGAACCCAUGUCGAGUAGGUUGGUUGGAAACACGUCUUCAAAGAAUGUGCCUGAGAUCGAGAUUCAAUAG